GGAAAUUGGCUUUUUGGAGUUGUUUUAAUGACUUUGUUCCACGUUUACUUGUAAAUUAAUUUGGCUCUGCAAAUGUUCUUAAGAAUGUACAUAACUUGGACUGCCUCAACAUGUCGACUUUUCCUGGCUAUUGUUAUUAAAUAAACAUUACUGCUUCUCCUGUAAAAGUCAAUAUAUUAACACCACCCCUGCAUCUCCUCACAGUGCGUCUCCUUUUUUCUUGUGCUGAUUUUUCUUUGAAUAUGUAUAAUAUCCAUUUUUGAACUAAUUUAUACAACUAGGUAACACAUACUAACCACCAAUUAUGUCGUUCUACAGCAAACUCUCUAUGGGGCUCGCAUAUGCGUACGACUGGCUAUUUAGCACUUUUUGGAUCAUCGAAAGCAAGCGUAACGACGAUAAGGUCAACGUUUAUCGCAAUAUGAUCUGGCCCGAUAUCUCCGGCAAUGUGUUGGAGCUCGGCCCUGGCUACGCACAGUCUCUUAAGCUCUUGCGGCACACAACAAUGAAAGACGGCUCAGAGUCGGUUGACCCAGCGUUCAUUCAGGCAUACACAGUGAUCGAGCCAAACUCCUUUAUGUACGGCGGCUUGCAAAAAAACGCUGAAGACAACGGGUUCCGCGUAAAAUACGAUACCCUCAGCUAUCCUGAGGGUGCGGCAGUCGCCACAAUGGCAGCCAAUGACGAUAGCAUUCCGUUCGUGAUUGUCAAGGGCACACUAGAUGAGUUCAACAAUAUACCAAAGGCAGUCCUCGACGGAGCGCCUUAUGAUUCCAUCCUGACUUCUUUUUCGCUGUGCACUGCAAGAAAUCCCAAGGCUGCACUCAAAAACAUUUUCAAGCUCUUGCGGCCUGGUGGCACUUACUACUUUAUCGAACACGUUCGUCAGCCCAAGGCCAACGACCCGCUGGUCAUCGAGGACAACGGCGUAAACGCUUGGUUCUGGGGCAAAGUACAGGACUGUAUCAACCCUAUUUGGAAAUUAGUUGGCCAUGGCUGCAACGUAAACCGUCGCACUGGCGAAAUAAUUUCCAAGAUGGGCUGCUGGAACGACAUCGACUACAAGUACGUGCGCCCAGCCAUUGAUAUCCAGUCGCGGGUCAUGCCUCUGUCCUUCGGCAGGGCGACUAAGCCCAAAUAACUGGUAAACAAACAUAUACGAUAUCAAUUUAAAUACAU